UGGGAGGACAAACAGAAUGUCAAAAUAAAUAUUGAUGUUUUAUUUUUGAAGAAAGUUAAACAUUUUUAUAUUUUCAAGUGCCAAAGCAUGACGGGUUCAAGCAAUGAUCAUAAUAUAGCUGGGCUGAAGCAAAAGAAAGUUUUCAAAAUAAUUGUUUUAGGUGAUUCUGGCGUGGGAAAGACGUGCCUCACAUACCGCUUCUGCGAAGGUCAAUUCCUUGAUAAAUCUGAAGCCACAAUCGGGGUAGAUUUCAGAGAAAGAACUGUACGGAUAUGUAACGAGGAGAUAAAGCUUCAGCUGUGGGACACAGCGGGACAGGAGAGGUUCCGCAAGUCAAUGGUGCAGCACUACUACAGGAAUGUGCACGCUGUUGUCAUUGUCUAUGAUGUUACUAAGCCAGAGACUUUUCAUUCGAUAGCAAGCUGGAUGCAGGAGGUGGAGUCGCAUGGACUGACAGGGGCUCCUCGCGUGCUCGUCGGCAACAAAUGUGACUGCGGUACGCCGGAGUCCCGUCUCGCUACUGCUUAUGCGCAAAGACUGGCUGAUAAACAUGGCAUGCCUCUGUUUGAGACGUCAGCCCUACUGGACAGCGAGUGUGACAAUGUGGAGUCAAUCUUUAUGACCCUCGCACACAAGUUGUACUCCAAGCAACCCCUCAGAGUUGUCAGAGUUGAGGGUGAACCAGGAUAUGGUGUGGUGACAUUGCCGCGUCAGAGGAAACCUCACAUCACCACCGGUACUGACAACUGUCUUUGCAGCUAGGACCGGAUUAAGACCAUACGAAGAUUGUCAUCUAGACCAUACCAAGACCAUGCUCUUGGUAUUGUCUACUAAAUUACGAAGCUCUCUUUUACUGUCAGAGACAUUGCCAAUUUUAAAAAUUAGUGAAUAAGGAAAACUAUAUUAUUAUGUCUUAGUUAAAAUAAUAAAUAGCAAAAAC